AAGCUUUCAGUGACGAUUAGACGUUAGUAACAACACUGGUAAUCGGUGGGUGGCAACCACCCCAUUCGUCCUCCAGCCAGAUGGACCACCACCGUACAAGAGCAGGGCCCCGUUGAGAGCGAGAGAACUUUACCCGUUUACCAGUCGUGAGAGUAAGUGCGUGUGGAAGGUCUCCUAAAAGAACAGUGUGGGACAUUUUCCCCAAUUUGUCCUCUUCUUUCUCUUGCUAUACUGUUUCGGUUUUCCAUCUAUCCGCUUUUGACCCUGGCUUUCAAGCAGUCUGCGAUAGUUUUGCGUGAAUGUAUGGUGAAUUUUCCAACAACCGGAUCCUCUAACAAGUGGAAUUGAAAGUGAAAAUGAGUGAUUCGCCAUAGAAGCCAGCAGAUUUUGGGCGAAACGAAAAUCAAGCAGUGUGGUGCUCAACAGAAACUAUGUGAAAAGUACGUGCCGAGUUCGCCUACAAGUGUUUCUAAUUUCACUCCAAUUUUCACACUUUUCUGAGCACCAUACACCCUCUCCAAGUAUACUUUUGCAUAAAAAUAGUUUUACGAUCUACAGUGAAUAAUCGCGAAAACCAUCAGAGUGAUUGAAAGAAUUCCUAAUCGAAAACGUGCAGAGGAAAUUCCAUCGUAAAACUCCAUCCAUCUUUUGAGCAAAGCGAAAUGAAAAAAAAAAAUGAAUCACAAAUUGGAUUCCCCAUGAUGAACGUAUCAGCAGGCAGCGUCGUAGGAUAGAGGCUGAAAAAGGGCGGCUGGAGACAUAGCAGACAAACCGGAGGGUGACUUCGGUACCAGUGAUAUGGCGAGCAAUUUUCAGCGCUAAUCGAGCAUCGCAAGGAAUUUUCGCUCAUUUCGAUAUAAUUUGAGCUUUUUACAAGUGAACAGCAGCGCCAGAGUCACCACCGGUUCCAGGUGCUCACAUCUUGUGAAUGCGGGAUGAGUUCCGGCAACCAGGGGAGGCCAGUGAGGAUAAUAUUCAACCCGUAAAGAGUAGAACCCAGCUGUGGAUUGGAACCAUCGAUGGGACGAUGGUAACGAUGACUACGGAGAUCGACAAGGACAAGGCAGUAUCAAUAAUCGUUCCGAAGAAAAUGGCGUCCAACGAGAAAGACAAGGAUAAAGACAAAGACCGGGAGAAGGACAAAGACAAGAACGCAAUAAGCAACGCCAGCAAUCCGCCUGUUUGCGGGACCAGUGCUGGCAGUUCUGCAGUCCCGGGUGGAAGCCGAGGUAGCCAAUCGCACAGCACACAGGUCGUCAUGAAUCAAGAUGCACCGAAUAUUUUAGUUUACAGAAAGAUGGAGGCGAUAGUCGAGCGCAUGCAAAGCGAGGAGGCUGGCGUUUCUGUGCGUACAAUCAAAGCUUUCAUGAGUAAAGUACCGUCCGUAUUUACUGGUUCCGAUCUGAUCGCGUGGAUCAUGAAGAAUCUUAAAAUCGAUGAUGUUACGGAAGCGUUGCAUAUUGCACAUCUACUGGCAUCCCAUGGCUACCUAUUUCCAAUCGAUGACCAUCAGCUCACGGUAAAGAACGACGGGACAUUCUACCGUUUUCAGACACCGUACUUUUGGCCAUCCAACUGCUGGGAACCGGAAAACACCGACUACGCAGUGUAUCUCUGUAAGCGGACGAUGCAAAACAAGACCCGUCUGGAGUUGGCGGAUUACGAAGCGGAGAACUUGGCCAAGCUGCAGAAGAUGUUUUCCCGAAAGUGGGAAUUUAUCUUCAUGCAAGCGGAAGCCCAGAGCAAGGUGGACAAGAAACGUGAUAAACUGGAACGAAAGGUGCUCGACUCACAGGAGCGUGCAUUCUGGGAUGUACACCGUCCGAUGCCAGGUUGUGUUAACACUACCGAGGUCGAUAUUAAGAAGGCGUACCGCCGUGGUGCCUCCACGCACGGCUCAGGCUCAUCCGGCGCGGCCGUCAAUAGCAAUCCAAUCGAGCAACUCACUAGACAAAUUAAGCUCUUGAAACUCAAGUUAGAACGUAGAACUAUUAAGAUCUCCAAAGUAGCCGAAUCUUAUAUAUCAUAUUUUGAACAGUAUCACGAAUACGAUUAUUUCCUCACGACACCUGAUCAGCCAAACCCUUGGAUUACGGACAAUAUUGAAAUGUGGGACACUGAUCGAACUGCCAAAGACGUAUCGCUAAAACGCGUGAAACGAUGGGGCUUUAGCUUACGAGAACUAUUGAUCGAUCCGGUCGGAAGGGAGCAAUUUUCAAAGUUUUUGGACAAAGAGUUUAGCGGAGAAAAUUUGAAGUUUUGGGAAUCGGUCCAGAGCAUGAAAGCGCAGCCGCAAUCAAAGGUGAAGGAAGCGGCCCAUGCAAUCUAUCUGGAAUUUCUGGCCCCGGAUGCGGCCUGCCCGGUGAACGUAGAUUCGAAAUCGAUGGAGUUGGCCCGGGAAGCGGUGAGCAGUUCAGCGCCACCGAAUCGGUGGUGUUUUGAUGUGGCCGCCGCCCACGUGUAUCACCUGAUGAAGAGUGACUCAUACUCGCGGUACCUUCGGUCCGACAUGUACAAAGAGUACCUCAAUGGGUCCAAGAAGAAGAUCAAAUCCAUCCCGAAUCUUUUCGGUGUGAAACGUUAGACAAGCUUGGUAUCGAUCGGAAAUUCGGUUAUUUUAGCGCGCUGACGAUUUGUAGUGGACCCACAACAAAUAAAGCAAAACGACCGUUUUAAAUCAGGUUAUACCAAACAGAUGCCCAUUGAAUUGAACUGUAGAUUUACUAGUCGGUAAGGCAAGCAAGUUAAGACAUUGUGUAAAAUCAAAACCAAACCAAAAACAUAAGGAAUUGUUAAAUAUACUUCAAAGUUAGUGUGAUUUGCUGGGACCUUAUCGGGCCCUGACAUGAAAAACCAACCAUGUGUAAUACAAUUAUCCACGAUAAUAUUAUUCACUGAAGAAAUAUGACUUGAGGAAAUGCUUGCAUAUUCUGAUGAAAUAGACGAAGACAGCAUCCAAAGAAAAUCAUAGGAAUAUUAUUAAGAAUCUGAGAAAAAUAUAUACUAUACAGAUGACGGAAUGUCACGACAAAUCA